GUGUCUCAUAUUAACAAAUUGUUAAAAGUUGACGUAAUUUUUUUGUUUCAUCGUCUGCUGAUACUCAUUCCGAACAUGUAAUUAAACGUAGAACACAAAUAUUCGUUUUCAAUGGCAUCUUUUCGGCCCAAGUUCCAAAUUUCCAGUUUACUCACAUCAAACAACAAAUAUAACCUUUUCUUGUGGCAACAACCAUGGCAUUGCUUCCAGCCUACUUUAUACUCGCAGAGAAAUAUUAACAAAGAACGUCGUCACAAUUGUAAGAAAUUAAUAUCAGCCUCAACAAGCGAUCCUAAAAGUCGUGUUUUAAAAGGACAGAAGAAGAUGCGCUUCUUAAGUCUUCGAAGAACGUCAUCGAUGAAGAUAAAAGAUAUGCCGAGUGUUAUUUGCAAGGCGCAGAAAUCUCCGAAGCAAAAGUUGACUCUCUGGGAAUAUAUGUUUGGUUCAGAUCGUAAGAAGUCCCGGGUGGAUUCUUGCAUUUGCCGUUUGGCCCAUCGUCAGAGACAAGCGCAUCGCGAUGAGAUAAAAGAUCCGCGAUUAUGCGAUCCACGUUAUCAAAAGACAGCCGGAGAUGUGUUGAUAUACACUGAGCCAGCUAGAUCUUUGAAAGAAUCGAAAAGGAUGGAACCGCAGCCUAAACCACCACCAGCGUACAAAAUGCCCAAAGCUGUGCUGUUGAACAAGAUGAUGACAGGAGAUUUUAAAAAAAAUGAAAAUUAUGAAGAUAAAAUAGUAACAUCGACAGCACCCAUUAAAUCGUGCAAGGAGAUAAAGCCACUCAUGGCUGAAAAAAUCGCCAAGCCUCAAGAUGUUGCAUCAAAGAAUAUUGAUGAAAAAUCGAUAUCUCGUCCAAUAUCGAUACGAAAAAACACAGUUCGUAAUUCCACAGUAAAAAUAUUACGUCAGGCAAUGGCGCAGGAAAAUCCACAAGGGCUUUCAAGAAUGGAAAAAUUGAAAACUCUAAUGAGUGAAAAAAUGGUUGAGCCAUAGUGUGUGCGUCUUCGUAACAUCUUGUUAUGAAUAAUUCUAAGUAGCAAAAAUUACAAUAAAUAAAUGCAAUUUUUCUCUUAUACAUAGUUAUGAAUAAUGGAGAUAAUAAAAUGUCUGCUUUAUUUUC